AUGUAUUGUUUACAAUGGAUGAUACCAGUUUUAUUAAUACCAAAGCCUGUGAAUCCUGCUCUGCUUCAUACGCAUGUUAUGUUCAUGAUAUUAUACAUAACAGGAUUUUUUCUUGAAAGAAAACCCUGCACAAUGUGUAGUGUUGUAUUUUUGGCCGCUGUAUUUUUGAUUUGUUAUAGCGGUUGGGGUAAUUGUUUGUUUUGGAACAACGACUGUGAUUCCGUACGUUGUGAAAAUGGGUGA